AUGCCUCAUUUCCAGCGAUUUCCCAGUAGAAGGAGCGUCGUGUAUAGUAAGGCUGGUAUGGUGGCUUGCACACAACCGUUGGCGGUGGAAGCCGGUCAAAGAGUUCUAGCAAUUGGGGGAAAUGCUGCUGACGCCGCGGUUGCAGCAGCCGCUGCACUAGCUGUGACCGAGCCGGCAUCGACUGGAAUAGGAGGAGACAUGUUUGCAUUGUUCUUUGACGCACGAACAAGAAGAGUUCACGCCAUAAACGGAUCUGGUCGUUCUCCCCGAAACUCAACUCUAAGUAGAGUAAGGGGUGAUUUGAACAUCCCACAAGGGAUGUUGGGCAGAAUUCCGAUGAGGUCUGCGCAUGCAGUCACAGUCCCUGGUGCCGCUGCAGGCUGGAUCGAUUCCGUUGGAUCGUUCGGAAGUAAUAAGUUGAGUAUGAAGAACAUAUUGGGUCCAGCGAUUCAGCUAUGCGAAGAGGGAUUUCCAGUCAGCGAUAUCAGCUCAUGGCUUUGGAAAGAUGCCGAAGAUAACCUUAAGAGUAGUCAUACUGACAACAGUGCGGUGUUGAAGUAUGAUCAUUCCUUGAGCCAGCUAAGGGCACCAAAGCCAGGAGAGGUAGUUUUCUCUCCAGAGCUGUCGAAGACAUUUCAAAUACUUGUGGCAGAAGGGAAGGAGGGUUUCUAUGCAGGACCAAUCGCAGAGGCAAUUGUGAAAGCGGUGCAAUCUGGGGGAGGUUACUUGGAGUUAUCCGAUCUUACCGAGCAUUUGAGAACUAGCUCCGAGUUUACAACACCCAUUUCUGGCAUGUUUCGAGGUCAAAGAGCUUUUAAACAGAAUAUGGCGUUUCCAGAGAUAUGGGAGCAUGCGCCAAACGGACAGGGGAUUGUGGUACUGAUUGCCUUAUCCUUGCUGGAGGAAUUUGAGAAGGCUGGACGAAUCCCUCAGUUCAGACCUGAAGAUCACAACACAACACCUUAUCUUCAUGCACUCAUCGAGAGUCUGUCAAUAGCAUUUGCUGACGCUCACAGAUGGGUUUCGGAUCCUAGUCACGCUCGUGUUGAUGCCAGAACGCUCCUGUCAAAAUCAUAUCUUACGGAAAGGGCGAAGUUAUUCGAUCCCACCAAGGCAGGUUCACAUUCCUAUGGUCGACCAUUGUUCAGUCCUAUCAUAGAAUCUUGCGACACAGUAUAUUUGGCAGUCACAGAUCGCGAGGGAAAUGCAAUGAGUAUGGUCAAUUCUCUCUACGGCCAUUUUGGCUCUUGCAUCGUCCCAACUGGGUACGGAUUCGCGCUGCAAGCACGGGGAGCCGCAUUCCACCUAGGACCAGAAAAUCACCCCAAUGUGUAUCAAGGUGGAAAAAGACCCUUUCAUACUAUUAUCCCAGCCAUUAUCACUCGAAGUCAAGGGGUACGUCGAGACCUUGCGGCCGUCCUAGGUGUUAUGGGCGGCACUAUGCAACCGCAAGGUCAGCUCCAGGUCUUCAUGAAUUUGGAAGUAUUCAUGAUGAACGCACAGGAAGCUCUGGACGCUCCUAGAUUCUGCGUUGACGGUGAAGGUGCAGAUCGAGUAGUUUUCCUCGAGGAAGGAGUCUCAGCCAGUGUUGAGGAAGAAUUGACCAAGAUGGGACAUAACAUCCAGCGUUUAGGGAACUGGAAUAGAAGUACGUUCGGUCGAGGUCAAGUUGUGAAACGACAGUUCGAUAAUCUGGGCGGAAUGCCCAUAUACAGUGCAGGGAGCGACCCUAGGGGCGAUGGCUGUGCUAUGCCAUCGAUGUAG